UAUGAAAGUGAGUACUACGAUAGUCAGGAUGACUGUGAAACACCCUCAGACAGUGGUGAUGAGAAUGAGGGUGGCAGGAGGUCAAGAAGAGGGAUGCUAGUUAGUCUAGAAACUGAUUUCACUAAGUUUGAGUGAAAAGUAGGUCAAAGGCUUACAACAAGAGAUGAUUUCAAGAAUGUUGUGGCUAAGUAUGCCAUGAUGCAAGGAAGAAAUGUCAUUUUCAUAAUAAGAAACAAAGCUAGGAGGCAGGAGGUUGGAGUAACUUGUGACAAGAGUUGUCCAUUCUACUUGUAUGCAUCUUGGCAUUCACACAAAGCCACUUUCAUGGUCAGAAAAGUAGUUGGGGUGCACCACUGUCAUAGAAACAUGAAAAAAAUAGGCAGUUAAAGACAACUUGGGUUGCUAGGGAAAUGUUGGAGGUAUUCAAGGCAAGGCCACAUUGGCCUGCCAAGGACAUCAUUGAAACUGUAAAAAGGGCAUACAAGGUAUUGGUUACAAAAACAUUUGCAUAUAAAGUUAAGUAUGCAACACACAAGAUGUUGCAUGGAUCUAUGCAAGACCAUUACCUGAAGGUAUGAAGGUACAUGGCAGCCUUGAAAUCUUCAAGCCCUGGUACUAUUGUGGAGUUGGUAACUAAUGGAUCCAAACAAGCUAACCCUCCAGUAUUUCAAAGGUUGUUCUGCUGUUUUGAAGGACUUCAAAAAGGGUGGAAGGAAGGUUGCAGGAAGGUGAUAUGUGUAGAUGCGGCUCUCUUAAAGACCUUCUUGGGUGGUCAGAUUAUUGCAGCUGGAGGGAGGGAUGCUAAUGAGCAAAUGUUCCCAAUUGCAUGGGCAACAGUUGAAGGGGAAAACAACUUGUCAUGGGAGUGGUUUUUCCUCCACCUACAAACUUGUUUGCAACUGGGAGAUGGCACUGGAAUUGCUAUCAUUUCAGAUGAGCACCAGGUACCCCAACAUGUUUUUGGACAUUACUAACCAGAUAUAGAGAAAAAGGAGUUAGGAGAGGGCAGAAGAAAGGAGUGGUUAAGAGUGAAUCAACGAUGAAUGACUCAGAUUGUUUGGUGCUUAGGAACAAUGAACUUCAUGUAAUUGUGACUCAGGUCACUAUUGAUUUGCACAUAGAAGUAUUUGCUACUUUUAAAAAGUUUUGGAUACUUUCUUUAUUUUUUUAA